UGGAGAUUGUAGGACACUACUCUCUUUUUAUGAUUCCUGCUGAGAAGGAAGAAAAGACGCUCCAGCGGGAAGCUUUCCGGAAGUCCGUUUCUUCAAAGAGCCUUCGGAGAUUCCUGGAAGUUUUUAUGGAGACUCAGAUGUUUGGAGGCUUCAUUCAAGAACGAGAAUUACGAAAACAGGGAGCCAAAGGUUUGUUUGAGGUACGCGCCCAGGAAUAUCUGGAGACCCUUCCCAGUGAAGAACAGAGCGGAGUUAAUAAAUUCUUGAAAGGAUUAGGUAAGGAAUCCAAGCAAGUGCAGCUGCUGCAAUGAUCAUAUUUACUUUACCAGGUGC